UAAACGAAAUUUCACACUAGCGAAAUCGAGCCUCUUUUAUCUGUUCCCUCAAAAACUAUCGCGGCCUCUGAUAUCAGGGGAAAAAGAAGAAGGGAAUUCCCCAUCUUCCGAAAUCCAAAACCAGAGAUUUUUGUUACUUUUUAUCUUUUCAAAUCUCUCUCAAUCUAUUAACGUCAUGUCUCAGGUCGAUAGCAGAAAUUCCUCUGCAGCCAAACGGGCUCGCACUGACGGUAGUCGAAGGGAAGAUGAUUGGACAUGCCCAAGUUGUGGCAAUGUCAAUUUUUCAUUCAGAACAACUUGCAAUAUGCGUAAUUGCACACAACCCAGGCCUGCUGAUCAUAAUUCAAAAUCAGCUGCCAAGCCAAUGCAGCCUCCACAGAACUACUCAUCCGCAGCUCCUUAUGUAGGUUCUGGUCCGCCUUCUUCAAUGUAUAUGGGUGUGCCACCAUAUGGAUCAUCCCUUUUCAAUGCAUCUUCUAUUCCCCCAUAUGAUGUUCCAUUUUCUGGGGCUUCAGCUUAUCAUUACAAUUACGGCAGCCGCCUUUCUGCAGGCAGUCCUUAUAGACCAUUGCAUAUGUCUGGUCCACCUCCUUAUUCUGGUGGAUCUAUGAUGGGAAAUGGUGGGAUGUAUGGUAUGCCCCCUUUGAUGGACCGUUACGGAUUGGCUAUGCCGAUGGGUGGCCCUCCUGCUAUGGGGCCGAGGCCGGGGUUUUUCCCAGAUGAUAAAUCUCUAAAAAAGGGUGCAGAUGCUGCACGUGAUAAUGACUGGACAUGCCCAAAAUGCGGGAACAUUAAUUUCUCUUUCAGAACUGUUUGUAACAUGAGGAAGUGCAAUACACCAAAGCCGGGAUCCCAGGCUGCAAAAUCUGAGAAAACUUCUAAACAAAAGAUGCCCGAGGGAAGCUGGAAAUGUGAGAAGUGUAACAACAUAAAUUAUCCAUUCAGGACCAAGUGCAAUCGACAGAAUUGUGGGGCUGAGAAGCCUGAUGAGUCAAAGAAGUCCCCUUCACCAGCAACGGAUGAGAAUGAUCAGUGAGUACUAGGACAUGUUUGAGGUUUGAGAAGGUCCAGAGUUGUCGUCCAGCAUUGCUCAAUGUGGGUGUCUGAAAGUCAGUCUUGUCGUCUUCAUGUUGCUGCGGUUGUCAAGUUACUCUUACCUUCUCAUUAUGUCUGUCAAGUUGUUGUAUCACUUGCAAUGAUAUUAUUGGUCUUCAUGGAUCUUUUAAUGCAUCAUGUGUCUGUCAGUUUGAUGUGGCAAAGAUUCAACAGGUUGGUUCUGGUUUCCUAUCAGUUAGGCUUUUGUAAUUUUUGGCAUCAACUCAUAUAUUCUAGUACGUAUGUUACCGUGAACUUAGAAUGCUGCAGGAAGCAUGUUUCUUGUUCUUCA